CGGGGCCACUGUUGCGUCUUGUUACCAUUGUGUGAUAAUAACAAUUUAAUGUUGGUAGUUGUGACUAAACCGGCAACUUGAUUUGUUUGGGGUGGCUUAAAUGGGUCAAAGGCGGCGCAUGUGCCCUCACCUGGGUGGGGAUGGAGCUAAAAACACUAAUGGCAGCCCUCUUGUAACUCCAAGGGGUUGAAAUUGCACUUUUCGGGAUUAUUUACUUCGUCAGUCAUUGUAGUUUUGAAAUGGAACCACCAGGAAUGGAAGCAGGGAUGGACUUUCCGAAAAACCCACUUUUGUGCCCCAUCUGCCACGAUUAUUUCACAGAACCGUGCAUUUUAAGCUGUUAUCACACUUUCUGUGCGAGGUGUUUGAGGGGUCGUGAGCAGGACCGCCGUCUCGUUUGCCCCUUUUGCAGGCAACCAACUCUGCUUAAAGAUGGGUCAAUGCUGCCGCCCCCUGACACUCUGAUGAGACAACUCAUUGAUAUUGCCAAUAGUGAGAACCCCCCGUGUUCAAAUUGUGACAAAAGGGACAGAGCAAACAUGUAUUAUUGCAAUACUUGUGGCCAAGCGUUGUGUUCCCACUGCCGCGACAAUACCCACCGGGCUAAGAUGUUCGCAAGUCAUGAUAUUGUGCAUAUGACUAAAUGUACAAAAGAACCCAAAAGGUGUCUACAACAUGGAGAGCAAUAUAUUAUGUAUUCGCCGCUUCAGAAUAAUAUGCUUUGUGUUAAUUGUUUCCGUGAUUUACCGAACGAAAUCAGGGCACAGUGUGUCGAUAUUGACACGGCCCAUACCCAAGCUGCUAAAAGACUAGAACGCGGACAAAACGCCAUUAUGGAUUUGCAGACCUCAGUACGUGACGGCAUAAUAGCCCUAAAAAGCAUGAUGGACGAAUUACGCCGCAACAUGGACAGCGAGAAGCACACAAUCAACACUUUUUGUCAAGGAAUGCAAGAAGCAAUGGCCAAAACCCACGCCGCCAUGAUAAUGGAAGUGCAAAGACAAUACGAAAGCAAAGACCGAAUAUACCGCAGCCAACUUCUAGUCUUAGGAACUGUGAUGCCAGUUUUACAAUUACAUCUCGUUUUGUGUACCACAUUCACUGCCGCCGCAAACAAGUACCAGUUCCUCGAACUGUGCCCUUCAUUACUUGAACGUUUAUCAGCUGUAGGGCAAUUGAGUCAACCAGUGCGCUCUUUACAAAGUUCCACAAUUAAAACCAACUACAGGAGUGAAUUUGCUCAAUGUUUGGAACCGUGGAUUGGUCCAGCUGCUGUCACUCAGCACCAAUCAGAAGUCGCUGCAGCGUCGCGGAUGUACGACAGCGCACCCCCAGCGACGAAAAAGCAACAAACAGCCCUCAAAAACAAGGUUCUCGAAGGGGACAGUUCGUUUUCGGCUCAUUGUAGAUCAUUCGAAUCACAAAUCCGCGAUUUGAAUCAACAGUUUAACGUGGUUAAAGAAAAAGUGAGCGAUUUGCAUCGAGAUAUAACAGCGUUGAGGAAAGCGCAAGCGCCACCGUUAGCCGCCCGUUAUGAUAUGUUAAUGAGGGAGUGUUUGCAUUUAGACCAGAAUUUGGAGAGGCAACAACAGGAGUUGGAUAGAAUGGCUGAGAAUUUCGACGCCAGUUGGGAGGAACAGUUGUGGAGAUUGCGAGUGGAACAGGAGGUGUUCAGUUGUCAAAGGGCCGAUGUUAUGACUUUGAGGAAUGAGUUGAAACACAUCAGUCAACUGGUAGGGCAAUUGGAACCAUAUAUUAGAAGUCUUACUCCAGCACAGCAGAGUGAGACUGCGCAGGAGCAAAGCCAACAAAUGCAAACGCUGCUCGACCAUUUUAAUGUUUUACAACAAUCCGACGCAAGUUUGGGCAAAAUCCCUCGCUCGAGGUCCCGCGUUUUGGGCCAACUGUUCGAAAAAGUCCGUCCAAAUAUCCAAGAACGUGAACGGAGUAAAUCGGCCGGUCAAACCGACAAGCCUUUAAGCACACCUCUCAAACCAAAGAAGCCCUUCAUUCCCACCACCCAUCAAAUGAACAUUGAACGUCUGGAAGCCCACUUGAAGGAGAAAAUCCACGAGAUUGUCUGUCGACGCCAAUCGGCGACUCCCCAAUCCAAAUCCGAUCCAGAAACCGAACGGAAACUCUCCAAAGACGAGCGAAAACUAAGCAAAACCGAUCUGGAUUCCAUCAACAAGCUCGGGACGAAACAGAGGAUUAUGUAUAAGAAAAUCGGGAAAAGUUGCGACAAAAUCAACACUUGUAGCAAAUCGGAUAGCGAUGUGAAAAAGCGAACCGAGUCGGAUUAUCAGCGAAUUUCCGAUGCGACGAGCCAGAAUGUGAAGGCUUUGGUGCACAAGGAGACGCGCUCGAGUCCGAGUAGCCCCAAAUGCAAGAAUAAGCCGAAACCGCCCCCGAAGCAGAGAAAAUCCCCCAAGGUUUACCCUUAUAGUGACGGGGAAGACAAUGUGUUUUACUCUCUUCACGAUUCUGCCGACUCUAUGAGUACUUCUAGUCGAAGGUCGAGUUUCGAAGGGCCUGAUAAGACCCUUGUUGUUGUUAUCAAUAAACGCAGUAAUAAUAUGUCAAUGGCUCAAAAGCAGAGAAGUUGGGAGACUUUUCCGCCCAAAAGACGCCACCAUAUGUGUCAUAAAUUGUCAGCGCCGAAUCCGAUGCCGUUACGAAAGGCUGAUAGUUUCGAAGGGCAUGAAGAAGCUGUUAAAAGUUUGGUUGCAGCUGUGCAAGAGACUAGACGUAAGCCUAAAGGUGGUAAUUAACCCGAGAAGUUUGUCUACGAGGGGUUUUUGUUGUAUUAUGUUGGAAAUUGAAUGUGUUUUUGAACAUUGUUGGCCUAAUUUAUUCAUGUUGCUAAUAUUCGACUAGUUUAGAUUGUGUACUAUGUAAGUUUUAUUAGAAUAGGUAUUUCGAAUUAUGUACACCGACGAUUAGUUUGUGACGAAUUUGAAAAUAUGUAUAUUGGGCGAAAUUAAACGUUGAAUUAUUA